AUGGCCUCCCUAACAGCCGCAAUUUUUUUUGUUUGCAAAGGUGAGACGAAAAAGGCGAGUGAGAUGUUUCAGAUGUUCAUUAAACUUUCAGGAGUUUCCCUCGAGGACCCUCGGGCUCAACAGUUUGGUGAUGAGAUCGUGCGUAACAUUUUCCGCUGCGAACCCCACAUAUACCCAGGAUCGCACCUGAAUCACUUUCAUAUCCCGACGACGACUUCAUCAAGCUGCCGGAGUGCGCGGGUGAACAUGUCUUCCAGCAUGAAUGCAGCAACUGCUACAUGUACGGCCUUGCGUUUCGCGUGUGUUUAUUCAUCACUUUCGGUUAGUGGUUCAUCAUCAUGGAAAUAG